CACGCGCGCGCGCGCACACACACACACCCUCUCUCUAUAUAUAUAGGCAGUGCCUUAUCUCUUACAUUUGCCAUUCUAUACAGAGGAAAGCUUGCAAGUUAAGCUUUCCUCUGUUUCAAUUCGACGAAAGGCGAUAGAAGAAAGAGCCAUGUUAGUUUGCCGACACAUUCCAGGUCUCGACCCUUCUCACAGCGAUUCCAUCGAACCAACGGAGAAAGAACAAUGGCGGAACAGAUGGCUGAGUAAUGGAAACGGAGUUGGUGGUUUUGCCUGUCUUUCUUUGGCGGAGAAAAGAGAGGAGAGAGAGUUCGCGCCCACCACUGCGCAGCUCUUGGAGCAUCCACUCGCGAUGGUUGCGUUGGUGCCCAAAGAGGCCGCGCUGUUCGCAGCCGGUGCGGUUGCCGGCGCCGCCGCCAAGACCGUCACAGCACCGCUUGACCGAAUCAAACUUCUUAUGCAGACUCAUGGAUUAAGAGCUGGGCAGGAAAGUGCAAAGAAGGGAAUUGGAUUCCUUGAGGCCAUAGCAAUGAUAGGGAAGGAAGAAGGAGUCAAAGGAUACUGGAAAGGCAACCUUCCUCAGGUGAUACGCAUCAUACCCUAUAGUGCUGUUCAGUUGUUUGCCUAUGAAACGUACAAGAAACUUUUUAGGGGAAAGGAUGGUGAGCUUUCUGUUAUUGGCAGACUUGCGGCUGGUGCUUGUGCUGGCAUGACUUCGACUUUUGUAACCUACCCUCUAGAUGUCCUAAGGUUACGAUUAGCAGUUGAGCCAGGGCACCUAACUAUGUCUCAGGUUGCCUUGAACAUGCUAAGAGAGGAAGGAGUUGCAUCAUUUUACAAUGGUCUUGGACCUUCUCUUAUUGGAAUAGCUCCUUACAUUGCUGUGAACUUUUGCAUUUUUGACUUGGUGAAGAAGUCAUUGCCAGAGAAGUAUCAGAAGAGGACCGAAACAUCUCUAGCAACAGCUUUGGUGUCAGCUACUCUUGCCACACUCAUGUGCUAUCCCUUGGACACAGUGAGAAGACAAAUGCAAAUGAGGGGUACACCUUACAAGACAGUUUUGGAUGCCUUUCCAGGUAUUGUGGCACGUGAUGGUUUAAUUGGAUUGUAUAGGGGUUUUGUACCCAAUGCAUUGAAAAAUCUACCAAAUAGCAGCAUUAGGCUUACCACCUUUGACACAGUCAAACGUGUAAUUGCUGCCAGUGAGAAGGAGUUUCAAAGAAUCCUGGAGGAAAAUCGCAAGAACAAAAAUCGGAGCACUAGUGAUUAAUCAAUGUAGAGUUUUGGCUUCGAGAUUUCUUUUUUGUCGCCAAUUCUUUCGUGGAGAUUAUUUCCCACAAAAACCGUAUCUGUUAUGAGAAUUAUUGAGCAGCCUGUAAUUUGUAGCAUCGGGGGCUUUGAUUUAGAAAGACGUGCUAGACUGGAAUUUUUGCGGAGUAGCUUGCUAGGAUUAUUACACCAUCUUUUUGUAACACCUUUGAUUUUGAGUGUAUUUAAUUCUUGGCAUAGAUAUAUACUGCAUAGUUUGGUCGGUAAUAUUUAAGUUAUUUGUGUUACUAAUC